CUGGCGCACUGCGCUCACACAACCAUGACUCAGCCAGUUCACCCCUCUAGGGUGGUGAGAAAAAAAGACAGCUGAGCCUGUCGAUGCCAGGCUGUAAUCGCUGUUCAGGGAGGCAACUUUAAAAAGCAGAACAACUUAGCAGUGGGUGAGAUUUUUCAAUCCACAGCGCAGGAAAGAAAAAUUAUCGCGAUAUCUGGGGAGGCAUCCACGCUCUGCGGUAAGAUGGCAACACAAGAGACUGUGAUUCCUGAAAAACUGAGCCACAAAAAAUACAGGGCUGCCCUGAGGAAGGAGAAACGCAAGAAACGUCGGCAGACUGUGGCUCGGCUGAGAGACCUUGCAGCCCCACCGGAAGAGGAGGAGGAAGCUCCUACUGACGAACAACUUGAAGAGAAAUUAGUGGAGCUAGAGCGACAAAAAUUGCAUGAAGAGUGGCUGCUGAGGGAGGAGAAGGCACAAGAAGAGUUCAGAAGAAAGAAGGGAGAAGAAGAAGCCGCUAGAAAACAGAGGGAAGAACAAGAGAGACAGAUAAAGUUAGAAUGGGAAGAACAACAGAAAAAACAGAGAGAAGAGGAGGCGCAGAAGCUCCAAGAGAAGAGGGAACGAGAGGAAGCGGUCCAGAAAAUGCUGGACCAGGCUGAAAAUGAAGGCACUUGGCAGAACCCAGAACCGCCCCAGGAGUCAAGACUGGAGAAAUACCGCGCCAGUUGUCCUUUCUACAGUAAAACGGGAGCGUGCCGCUUUGGUAACAGGUGUUCCCGGAAACACGCCUUUCCCGCGUCGAGCCCCACCCUUCUUGUGAAGAGCAUGUUUACCACUUUUGGAAUGGAGCAGUGCAGAAGGGAUGACUAUGACUCGGACGCCAGCCUGGAGUACAGCGAGGAGGAGACCUACCAGCAGUUCCUGGACUUCUACCAUGAUGUGCUGCCCGAGUUCAAGAACGUGGGGAAAGUGAUUCAGUUCAAGGUGAGCUGCAACUUGGAGCCUCAUCUGCGGGGCAAUGUGUAUGUUCAGUACCAGUCGGAAGAAGAAUGCCAAGCAGCCCUCUCUCUCUUUAAUGGAAGGUGGUACGCGGGACGACAGCUUCAGUGUGAAUUCUGCCCAGUGACCCGGUGGAAAAUUGCAAUUUGUGGUUUGUUUGAAAUGCAAAAGUGUCCAAAAGGACAGCACUGCAACUUUCUUCAUGUGUUCAGAAAUCCCAACAAUGAAUUUAGAGAAGCUAACAGAGACAUCUACCUGUCUCCAGCUUGGACUGGCUUCUCUGGUAAAAACUCAGACAGGAGGGAGAGGAAGGACCACCAUGAAGAAUACUAUGGCAAGGCCAGGACCGCCCACUCCAGUCCACACCACUCCUCCAGGAGAAACAGGGCGUCAGAGAAGAAGAGUACUCACAGGAAGAAAGCUCACAAACAGGAAACAAGGGGUCAUGAGAGGCACAGUGCAAGAGGAAGAGAAGAGGACGCCAGUCCAGACCCACAAAGCCAGAGCCACAGAUCCUGAGACAGCGUCACUUGGGCCCAAGAAUCUGGGACCAGGCAACAACAAAACCCCACUACA